CAGGAAGCUCAUACUGUCCGUGUGAUUCCACAGAAGGAAGCGUUACCAAACACUUUAACAAAGUUUUAAGUGUUCAGAGAAUGGCGGACAAGACUGUGGAUGGAGGUCAAUGGACGGGAUGCACAGUCAUGUUUCUGCAGUCGCUGUGUCCCGGUGUGAACCUGCUCUCUCUCUACAAAGACCCACAGGGAAAGUUCAUCAUUUUCAAAGUCAUCAAGCUGACACUUACAGACUCUGCAGGAGGCCUGGGUACAUUUGAGAUCCUAAAGGUCCAUGACGCGGAUCCCUUCCUGGGGGUGGAAGUGAAGUUUGUGAAUGUGGCAGCAUGUCGUCAGUUCCUGGAGAGCUACAGCUCUGGAGCGGUGAGGCAGUAUCUCUGCCAGCACGCCUGCCGGCUGCUCGCUCUGCCCCAGGAGUUAACUGUGGAAACCCAGCUUAAGGCAGGCACUCAUAUUCUGGAUCGGUGUCUGGACAAGCUGGAUCUUUGCCUACAGCAAAUCCACCUGUCACAGCCGGAGCGUCUGCGCGAUGAGGAGAUCGAUGAGCUCGAGCAGCAGCUGCAGAGUCAGGCCCGCGGUCCUGCCUCACAGUCCGUCACCAUCAUGCAGGAAGAGUCUCCCGUUCCCAGCAACUGCUUCAAGUUUCAGAACAGAGUGUUUGAGGACCGAAUGCUGACAGCGGCAGAUGUGCAGAGCUUUUCUAACGGAGUGGGCCGUCAGUGGAAGCACGUAGGGAGGGCCUUGGGGAAGAACUGCCGCGCUCUGAAGGGCCCGGCCAUAGACAACCUGGCCUAUGAGUACGAGAGAGAAGGGCUGUAUGAGCAAGCCUAUCAGCUGCUCAGCCGCUUCAUCCAGGCGGAGGGGAGGGCGGCCAAGCUGAGCCGACUGGUCAAAGCACUGGAGGACUGCAAACUCACGAGCCUGGCUGAAAAUAUUCUGGACCUGCAGCCGCGAGAGUAACUCUGAGUCUGAGCUGUGAAAACAGAGAAGGGGGGACGGAGUCCUCUCUGUGCAAGGAGCAGCGACUUUGUCCUGCCUGCUUAUGUUAUACACACAGAGUGUUUGUUCUUCACGUCUGUCAUCGACAGCAUCCCAUCCUUCAAAUCAUCCCCCGUGUGUGUGUGCGUGUAGGAGUGUGUGUGGGAGUGUGUGCGUAUAUUAAAUGAUUCACGUCUUUGCUUUUCAAUUAUUAGUAUUAUCGAUAAUUGUUUUCAUUUAGUUGAAUGAUCUGUCACCACUUUUUAAAAAAAUGCUGUCAUGAGUUUAAUGCACUGUUUAAACCGUUGUCAUCAUGUUUCUCCUUUUAAAGUCAAUUUACAGAUGGAACCUGUUGGGUCUUCUUUCUAAUGAGUGCGAGACUGUUUUUUUUCUCCUACAAAAUGGGUGCAUUCAAAUUAAAUGAUUGAGGAACAAAAAACAAAAGACAAAAAAACAAGCUUCAUGUUUCUGUUUGAUGCAUUAGUGUAAUUAAACCUGAAAACACCAUUUUGUCAAAAGUCCCUCAGGUAUAAUUUAGUGUUAAUCCGCCCUCCCUCUCCACCAGCGCUCGCUGUCACUCACACACGUGCACAUGAUUGAACUGCUGAUGCUGAACGUCUGUGUGUGUGUGUGUGUGUGUGUGUGUGUGUGUGUAUGCGUGUACGGGUUCGUACUAUCCUGGUGGGGACCAAAAUCUGACUUUUACUAUCCUGGUGGGGACUUUCUGCACCGUGGGGACCAAAAUCCAGGUCCCCUCGGGGUUGAAAGCAAUUUUCACACUCAAAAUGCGGUUUUACUGUCAGGGUUACAAUUAGGUUAUGGUUAGGUUUAGGGUAAGGGUUAGGGUUAGGCAUUCAUUUUUAAUGGUUAGGGUUAGGGUAAGGGGCUAGGGAAAGCAUUAUGUCAAUGGGAUGUCCCCACGAGGAUAGCAAACCAGACAUGUGUGUGUGUGUGUGUGUGUCACUGCUUGAGUCAUGAUGUGGGUGCUUCAGGGCGGAUCUGAGGUAGGUGUGUGUUUUAUCUCAGCUUGGCUGUCAAAGAUGGAUGGAGCUUCUACAGGUUGAGCUCCUGUGCUGGUUUCAUUCAGGGUCCACUGUAAAAGAGCCCCUCCCCCAAUUUUUUCUUUUUUUUUUUAACUUGACCAUCCAUCCAGAUGUGAUGUGUGGAUUAGAUGUGUUUAUCACACACCCACACACACACUAAUGUGAUACAGACCUUUCAAAUAGACAUACAUAGUGUCCUAAGUUAAACACACACGUCCCUCCUGCUCCAACUGCUGGUGAUAGCUAGGCUGUGUCCUCAGUAAUAUUUCUGGGAAUUUUGUGGGUUUAUGGAGUACAGAGACGUUUACUCCCGCACUUACACGAUGUAGCAUAUGUUGAUUUAAGCUGACACUGAUAUUGUUAAUACCGUCAAGUGAUUUAAAUGAUAUGACUUUUAGGCCUGAUAGAGGUUAAAAGAUGAAUUCAAGAAAACAUUUAGAUCAUAAUGAGGGAGAAUAAAAUUAAUCCACAUAAUUUUUUCUUGUGGGCUGGGGUCAGCAGGUGAACAGGUGCGGACAACAGGUCAGCCAGUUUGGAUACACAUGUUCUUUUUUUUGUGGAGCUAAGCCGAUGGGAUAUGUGCAGCAUGUGGUUUGGUUGUGUAUUGUUAAAAUCAGCAAAGAGUUACCUGAAAGAGACUUCAUCUGAAUGGCUGUGUAUGUUUGUCCCAA